AUGACCCCCCACACCAGGAGCAAGACUCGGCGCAUCGUCGGCGGAGACUACACCGACAUCGAGGAAUUCCCACACUCAGUCUUCCUGAGCUUCCGGUGCCAGAUCGCGAACUCCACCGACAGCUGGAUGUGCGGCGCCUCCGUCAUCAACCAAUGGCUGCUGCUUUCCGCCGCUCACUGUCUAGACGGCUGUGAAGCCAGCCAUAUAUACAUAGCGGCCAAGCCUGGCCAUACGGAUAGGGGCAAGAGCCAGACGCGUCUGGUCGCCAACUACAAGCGUCACGAGAAGUACAAUGAGAUGCGCCUUUUGAACGACAUAUGCCUAUUGAAGCUGAAGGAGGAGUUGAAACUAGGACCUACGGUGAUGAGGGUGAUCCUGAUGAAGAACCCUCCAUACAAUGAGAAGGGGAUUGUAUCUGGGUGGGGGUUCGUUGAUGAUCUAAAUCAAGUAUCAACUUACAAGCUGAAGAAGCUGGGGAACCUCACAAUAUACUCCCGGGAGCAGUGCGAUCGCACGCUGCCCGGGCUGCCCGCUGGCGUCAUCUGCGCGCAGCUCGACGCGCCGCCGCCGGGGGAGGAACACCAUACUGCUCGCGGUGACUCCGGCAGUGCUCUGGUAGUGAGGAAGUACAUCCAGGUGGGCCUCAUCUCGUUCCGCGAGCUGGAGCGGUCCCGCACCAUGACCGUCUACUCGGACACCGGCUACUUCUUCCACUGGAUCAAGAACACGGCCAAAGAUAUUCUGUGCACGUAG